UGUUUCCAUAUUAAAUUCCUCAUUUCUUUCCUUAUAUAAAUCCCAAAAACCACUACACAACAACAAUAAUUUUAUCCUUUUCUAAACUAUACAUUAUUUAGGGUUCAUGCAUCAUUUCACUUCUUCUUAUAUCUAUACUUAUAUAUCUGUAUCUAUCAAUUUUUUAUGAUCAAACCCCAAAAGGAAUGUAUAAUCAAAAUUCCAUACACACUUGACUGUCUUUAUUAAUUUCACACAAUAGUCAAGAAGUCAAAGCACAGUCAAAGGAAAAAGACUUUAGUGUGGAAUAGACUUGUGAUGCUGAAUGUUGCUUCCGGUUGUCGGGUUAGGGAUGAAUUCUGCAAUGGAUGAGAUGAGCUUGAUUCAGCAGAGGCAUCAUCUAGUGGUCAGAGAGCUCGGAGGAGAAAUUGAUCUGGAAAUCGGGCCUGGGGAUGAUGAUCCAACAUUUGUUCACACCCCUCUUAUUGCUGUCCCGCCGCAGGAAUCUUCAGCUGAUGAUCAUGACGAAAACAAAAAUAUGGCUGUUGUGCAACUUCCAAGUGAUGACCCGGAACUAUUAAAGUCAUUACCGGCUAAAAGAAAGAAAAAGGUGGUGAAAAGAUGGAGAGAAGAAUGGGCAGAUACAUACAAAUGGGCAUAUGUUGAUGUAAAAGAAGGUACAACUAGAAUAUUCUGUUCGAUCUGCAGGGAAUAUGGUAGGAAGCAUAGAAGAAAUCCUUAUGGAAAUGAAGGCAGUAGAAAUAUGCAAAUGAGUGCAUUAGAAGAACAUAACAACAGUUUGCUUCAUAAAGAGGCUCUUCGCCUCCAAUUGGCCUCUAAAGAUAAGAUCAUUGCUGAUAAGCCAGUAUAUGUAAAAGCUCUGAUGUCAAAGUCAGCUGGAUCUAUUGUUGAAGCUGCCUUAAAAAGGGAUCCUAAUGAAGUUGAGUUCAUACAGUCUGUGCAAGAAGUUAUUCAUGCCCUUGAAAGAGUUAUUUCUAAGAACUCAGGCUAUGCCAAUACCAUGGAGCGGUUGUUAGAGCCUGAGCGUACGAUUAUUUUCCGAGUUCCGUGGGUUGAUGAUAGAGGUGAAAUGCAUGUUAAUAGAGGGUUCAGGGUCCAAUUCAACCAGACGUUGGGUCCAAGUAGGGGAGGCCUUCGUUUCCACCCACUAAUGAACUUAAGCAUUGCCAAGUUCCUUGGUUUUCAGCAGACAUUAAGGACUGCGUUAUCUCCUUAUCGACUUGGAGGAGCAUCCGGUGGAAGUGAUUUUGAUCCAAAAGGAAAAAGUGACAACGAGAUUAUGCACUUCUGCCAGAGCUAUAUGGAUGAGUUGUAUCGCUACAUUAGUCCCGAUAAGGAUCUUCCUUCAGAGGAGAUGGGUGUUGGCACUCGUGAAAUGGGUUUUCUCUAUGGUCAAUAUAGACGCCUGGCUGGGCAUUCUCAGGGAAGUUUUACAGGUCCAAGACUUAACUGGUCUGGUUCCAGCCUGCGUACCGAAGCAACUGGUUAUGGAUUGGUUUUCUUUGCACAACUUAUGCUUGCAGACAUGAACAAAGAACUCAAAGGACUAAGAUGCGUGGUUAGUGGGUCCGGAAAGAUAGCAAUGCAUGUAUUAGAGAAGCUUAUGGCAUAUGGUGCCCUUCCCGUAACCGUAUCAGAUUCGAAAGGUUAUUUGGUAGAUGAGGACGGAUUUGAUUUCGUGAAACUAUCUUUCCUGAGAGACAUCAAAGCGCAACAUAGGACUUUAAGAGAUUAUUCAAAGACCUAUGCUCGUGCAAAGUACUAUGAUGAAGCAAAGCCUUGGAAUGAAAGGUGUGAUGUUGCUUUUCCUUGUGCUUCACAAAAUGAAAUUGAUCAUACUGAUGCCAUUAACUUGGUUAAUUCGGGAUGCCGUAUAAUUGUUGAAGGUUCAAAUAUGCCAUGUACUCCUGAAGCAAUGGAUGUUUUGAAGGGGGCGAAUAUUCUCAUUGCUCCUUCCAUAGCAGCUGGCACUGGAGGGGUCGUUGCUGGUGAGCUUGAGCUAAAAGACUACAAUCUGAACUGGGCACCUGAGGACUUCGAGUCUAAACUACAGGAAGCAAUGAAACAGACAUACCAACGAGCUGUCAAAGCAGCAGUCGAAUUUGGCUAUCAGAAAGAGUCUCCUGAGGCUUUGAUACACGGGGCAGUCAUCUCUGCAUUUCUGACCAUUGCCAGCAGUAUGUCAGAACAAGGAUGUGUGUAAAUCAUUGAGAAUCCAUGAUUAUAUGCACAACUUGUGUGGGAAGAUGGAUUCCCGUGUAUAUAUAGUUUUAGAUGAGGGUGGUGGUUUGUAAGAAAGACCAAUUGAUAAUUAGAUUGCAUUGGACACAUUCCAUGUUUUAAGGUUUGCAGGAUUGUGUGAAAUGAAAUGAUUCCAUAGCGAAAACUACAGAAAUAAAUUAGUAUCAUUUAUUUGAAAGCA